UUACUCAUUCUUUAUUUAUUUAUUUCGAGUGCUACGCAAGCGCCGUACUUUAGGCAAACCGGAAAGACGCCGUUCGUCUGGUACCCCAAGAUGAACGCACUGACCAAGGUGAAGCUUAUCAAUGAAUUGAACGAGCGGGAGGUGGAACUCGGGGUGGCAGAAAAGGUUUCCUGGCACGCCGAAUACAAGGACAGCGCUUGGAUCUUUCUGGGAGGACUCCCCUAUGAACUGACCGAAGGAGAUAUCAUCUGUGUGUUUUCUCAAUACGGUGAAAUUGUAAAUAUUAAUCUUGUACGAGAUAAGAAGACCGGAAAGUCCAAAGGAUUCUGUUUUCUUUGCUACGAAGAUCAGAGAAGCACGAUUUUGGCCGUCGACAAUUUUAACGGGAUCAAGAUUAGAGGAAGAACUAUCCGAGUGGAUCAUGUAGCUAAUUACAGGCCUCCCAAGGAUUCCAAGAAUCUGGAUGAUGUAACCAGAGCACUCCGGGAAAAGGGCUGUGGGGUUAAGACCCCGUCUCCUAGUUCGUCGGAAUCCUCAGAAGAUGAGACACCUGUGAAAAAGCAUAAAAAAGACAAAAAAGAGAAAAAAAGGAAGAAAAAAGACAAAGAUAUCAGAACAAACAUGGAUAAGCAGGAAAUGCCCACAUCAUCGUCCGUAGUGUCCCGCCACAAGACCAGGAAGGAGAAGGAGAGUUCUGGUCUGGGUAAGUCUGCCACUGGAAGCCUCGACAAGAACUCCAGCCCCGAGCGGCGAGAAGGACGUAGACACUUAAGCGGCUCACCUGUGCUCCACCGAAGUCACCUUGAGAGAGCCGAGUCUACCUCGAGGAGGGAUUCGAGAAGAGAUAAGCCGUGGCAUAAGAAAUCCUCAAGUAGCUCCAGCAGGAAGGAAAGGAGGAGGAAGGAAAAGAGCAAACACCGGGAAAGAAGCCGCAGCUCGGAAAAGCGCUCGCACCACCGUGAUGAUCAUUCUGAAGGCAGGUCCAAGAGAAGGCACAAACACAAGUCCCGAAGCUUUGGGAAAGACUGUCAUUCCAGGGAUCGGGAACCAUCUUACUCCAGUCGGCACAGGUCCAGUUAAACGUGUACGGCGCGGCACAAGUGCUGUCAGCCCAGAAAAGAAGAUUCAUUUACAAAAAUCCCUCACCUGAGUUAAGCUGUUGUUGUUUCUGUAAAUAAAGUCUCUGCUACCACGUCCCCUCACUUUCUUGAGUAUGAUAAUCGGAAGACUGAGGAUCCUCGAAAUCUGAGUGAAGUACAGGAGUUCUUAACCCAGAGUCUGUGAACAUAAAAACAAAUAUUUAAUAUCUGUAGUUUAAAUAGAAUUAUUUGCAGUUUUGUGUAUUUUGUUUUGUGCACUUGAAAACAUUAUUGUGAGAAGGGAUCUGUAGGCCUUGUUUCACCGGCUCUGUAGGCCUUGUUUCGCCGGGUCUGUAGGCCUGUGUUUCCAGGACCCAGAAAAGGUUUAGAAUGCUGUGGUGUUACAAAGAGAGCCUAAUCAGUAGCUGCUUGAUGCUACUCAAUCACUACCCUUCUCAUUUACUUUCUUCCUUCAAGUGAGUUGGACUAUCUAAACUCCUUUUCCACUUUCUCUCCUGUUUGACAAGGGUUGAGAAUUCCAUAGAAGCUAACGGUUGGUGGCUACAGACCCCUCCUGAACUAACCCAUCCCACAUGAGGAUCUGGAUGUGACCCACAAUGACGGGUCAUUAAACUACGGAUAGGACCUCAACCUCUGGAGGAAAGGGAUAGGGAGAGGAACUGGACCUGGGAUUUUAUUCAUAAGGGAACUCCCGGCUGAGGAAAAUUCCUUUGCCCAUGCACCUCAGUAUCUUCUCUUCAGUUAAUCUUUAAGAACUGCCCAUGGCCAGGAUGGGUCAGAGGUUGGACUGGAACCGAGGGCUUAUUCACUAUGCCGUGCUGCCUCUAUUAUGUAAUUCAUGUGAAAUGGUCAAAGACAGAUCCACUGUUCUCUUAAAAUCUGGCUUGUGUCAAAAUGGAAUGUAGCUUAUACUUGGUAUUUUUCAGUGUUUGUAUAAUUUGUUUCUUUUGAUAUGUUCUCAUUUUAGGCUUGCAGCCUCUAUUCCAGCAUUAUGGUGGUAAAAUUGUUCCCUGAGUUGUAGGUAGGGUGGUAGGCUCUGGAGCCGGGAGGAACCUUGGAAACCAUCAGCCCCCUCAUUUUGUAGAGGAAGAGCCCAAAGCUCAAAAGUUGCGACUUGCUCACACUUACUCUGGUAGUAAUUUACAUAGCAAAUUUGUAUGCUGGUGAAAUUACAGGUCUGGGUAGAAAACAAAGGGAUGAUCAGAUGUCUUUCUCUUGAUAAAUACUGCUGUAGUUAGUCGCUUAGUAGACCAAAGUGGCACCAGUGGGAAUAAACUUGCUUUGAUUUUUGCCUUUACCACGGCAGAGAAAGAAUUCCUCUUUCCUCGGAAAGCCAUGGAAAACAAUUCGAUCACCUUAGCGUGGACUGAUUCAGCAGCACUGUACCAAGUUAUGGGCUUUACAAAAUUGAAUUGGAUCUCCUCAAGAGUAGCUCAUAGUAGAGUUUGGAAGACAGAGCUGACCUUGGAAAAGAGGAGAUUCCAAUCUUGGUACUUUGAGCAGUCCUUCACCCAGUCCCUGCUUAGUUGGUGAGUAAA